AUUAAAUCUAAAAAUAUGAAAGAAAAACUCAAUAAUGAGAAUCAAGACAGAAAAUAGUUCCAACACAACAACAUGAUGUAAACAGGAUCAUCAUCAUCAGAAAUCAUUAGCUCUCCCUGCUGGACAGAAGGACAACCUGCCGCUGGUCUUUGGAGAGAGAAAAGGUGUAGCAGCAAUGCAUGACAACCAGAGGGACAUGUAUGAAGUAGCUUAUGACUGAGUGGAUCCAACCUCACAUGUUGUUUGUUCCAUUAUUGAUAACAUUAAUGUUUAGCUAUCUUUUAUUAUUAAAUAUAACUUGUGUUAAGUUAGACGAAAUACAGGUGUACUGCUUUACCUUCAUAAAUACAUGAAUUCUCACAUCGAUUGAAAACACAUGUUGCAGAUUUGUUUUCUUGUUAUUUGUAAAAAUAAUAAUUGUAUUAUUAUUUUUACUUUAUUUACAUGUGUUAUUAUUUAAUUAGUAUUUGAAAUGAUUUCAUUCAUUGAAUAAUUUAUUUGAUGUGAUUAUUGGUUUUAUUAUUGACCAGCGCUUUGAUUCAAAAGGGAAAAUAAGAAUCUUAUUGUUACGGAAACACACCUGAGAGACACAGAGCAGGUGAAGCAGCUCUAAGUCCUGCUAAGAGGAUCACACACACACACACACACACACACACACACACAGUAAGCUGAGCUUUGAGGAUCAGGUGAGUGUGAUGUGGUCGACAUGUUGAACAGACAGCAUGAUGGGAUCUGACCGGGAGAAAACUGAAAAGACCACGGACCUCUGACGACGGUCUCAUGGACUCCGUUGACCCCUCCCCUCUUCGGCGCUUCGUGGUGGCGAAGCGUUCGAUCACCUCCAUCUUUGAUCAGCUGCUCGUCUUCGUGAAGGACGGCUCCGCCUUCGUGGAUGAGUGCUGGCGUGGGCAGGACCUGGGACCGGUGGCAGUGGAGCAGCAGAGCCUGGAGAUGCAGAGCUGUGCCACCAAACUGUGGACCAUCAGGGAGGUUCUGCUCCGGAGACACAUGAAGGUGGCCUUCUUCGGCAGGACGAGUAAUGGGAAGAGCACAGUGAUCAACGCCAUGCUGAGGGACCGCGUUCUGCCCAGCGGCAUCGGACACACCACCAACUGUUUCCUGAGGGUGGAGGGCAGCGAGGACGAAGAGGCCUACCUCACCACCGAGACUUCCACCGAGAGGAGGAGCGUCACGACGGUGAACCAGCUGGCCCAUGCUCUCCACAUGGAUCCCACUCUGGACUCAGGCAGUCUGGUGAAGGUCAUGUGGCCCAAAAGCCGCUGCGCUCUGCUGAGAGACGACCUGGUGCUGAUGGACAGCCCCGGCACUGAUGUCACCCUGGAGCUGGACAGCUGGAUCGAUAAGUUCUGUUUGGACGCCGACGUCUUUGUUUUGGUGGGAAACGCUGAGUCGACGCUCAUGAACACAGAGAAACUUUUCUUCCACAAAGUCAGCGAGAGGAUCUCCAAACCGAACAUCUUCAUCCUUCACAACCGCUGGGACGCCUCAGUGAGCGAGCCGGAGUACAUCCAGGAGUGUAACAAUUCAGAUUACCCCCCUGUGGGACGCAUAAAGGUGAGGAAGCAGCACUUGGACCGUGGGGUGAGUUUCCUGGCGGGAGAGCUGAAGGUGGUGGGGGAGGAUGAAGCUCCGGGGAGGAUCUUCUUCGUCUCCGCGAAAGAGGUGCUAACAUCCAGGAUGCAGCGAGCGCAGGGCAUGCCCGAAACAGGCGGCGCUCUGGCUGAAGGUUUCCACGAGAGGCUGAGAGAGUUCCAGAUGUUCGAGCGGACCUUCGAAGAGUUCAUCUCUCAUUCUGCAGUGAAGACGAAGUUCGAGCAGCACACGGUUCGGGCGUGGCAGAUCACAGAGACCAUCAAAGCCGUGAUGGACGCCAUCAACAUCGCCUCCGCUGACAGGAAGAUCUUGUAUCUGGAGGAACGCGAGGAGCAGAGGGAUCGUCUGGAUUUCGUUCGAGGACAGAUCAACCGUCUGAGCGACAGCGCCAGAGAGAUGAUCAGGACUCUGACGGAGGAGGUCGCUGCCAAGGUGGCGUCGGCGCUGUCCAAUCAGAUCCGAUCACUUCCUGUUCUGGUGGACGAGUUCAGAGCCGACUUCAGCCCGACUCAGGACACCCUGCAGCUCUACAAAACUAGGCUGCUGCAUCACGUGGAGCAGAGGAUGGUGGCAGGGCUCUCUCACCGCUGCGCCGUCAGCGUCCUGCAGGACCUCAGAGAUGCUCAGAGUCACAUGACCGACAGUGUUCGUCCUCUGCUGUCGGCCCCCGAUCAGAUGUCCGCCCCCCCCCUCUCCUUCGCAUUGACCUUUGACCUGGGCCUCGCCGCCCUCUGCGCUGACUUCCAGGAAAACAUCGACUUCCGGUUCUCUCUGGGCUGGACGGCGCUGGUCAGCAGAUUCAUCGGAGCGGCCGGAGCCAAGCGGGCGCUGAGCGAGGUUAGUGUGAUUCUGAAACAGAAAUCUCCAUGGAUUAAUAUCUGGAUUCAAAUGCAGGACGCCUCCACCUUUAAGGAUGCCGUGAUGGUUUCCAUGGCGACGGGGCUGCUGUCCGUCACGUCUCGGGCGUCCAUGACGGUGCUGCUGAUCGGCGGCGUGGUGUGGCGCUCGGUGGGCUGGCGCCUGCUCUCCGUCUCGCUCUCUCUCUACGGCCUCCUUUUCCUGUACGAGAGGCUCACCUGGACUGACGCCAGCCGCGAGCGGGCUCUGAAGAAUCAGUUUGUGGAUUUCGCAGCCCGCCGCCUGAGGGCCGUGGCCCCCGUCUGCAGCACCGCCUGCAGCCAGCAGGUGUUCAAGGAGCUGUCGGCCACCUUCAGCCGCCUGACCCAGCGGGUGGAUCUGAGCGAAGCCGAGCUGGAGGGACACAUCCGGACGCUGAGCUUCAGGAUCCAGAGGCUGGAGAACAUCCAGAGGAGGUCCAAGGCCUUCAGGAACAAAGCGACGGAGCUGGAGACUCAGCUGGAGGUGUUCUCUGCUCAGUACCUGCAGGGAAACUGAAGGAGGAGAGUCCAGCUAAAUGAUCCAUGACUGACAUUAUCCAACAGCCUGUAUAGCACUUGUAACCCCUACCUCUUGUGAUUCACUUUCAAAAAACACUUUUAUAAAAACCAAAAUAUCGGAGGUUGUUUUAAAUCGUCUCCGGACACGCUGUCAGCUAAAGGGUUGUUUCAGGCACUCUUCUGUAAGCUUUUUCUGCAGCUUCAGUGAACUCCUCCCUCAUUACGCUCUGGUUCUGAUCCGUCAGUGGUCCAGAGUAAUUUGAUGCAGCUGGCAGCAGCAUCUGUGUUACCCCACCCGGUCUCCCAACCUGUGAUAGCUACGUUAGUCAAGAGGGCCCGACGUAGAGGACCCUCUCAAAACGUGACGCGGCACCGUUAUGUUUUCUGAAUAUCUGCAGUGGUGGAUUUCCCCACAUUGGUUGGUUUAAAUUGUGUGCAACGCUUUUGUGUUUCCCCGUUCCAUUCUGAGAAACAAAUUUCUAUCGUUGUGUGGACGGCGCCAGUCGUCUUUGCUUGACAACCCUCGCGAUCAGACAACAGGCUUGGAUGUUUUAGUGGCGAUGCACCUUGGUAGUUCAUACGAUAACAGUUUUGUAAAACAAUAAAAAUCCUACUUUAAUC